AUGCAACAGCCUUCAGUGAGGGGCUUUGGACCUCUUCCUUCUGCUCAAGCUUUCCCGGAGGAUCUCACGGGUAUUUCAAGCUGCAAGAAAAUGUACUGGGCAAAUCGCGUUAGAAUUCUUUUCACUGUCAUUCUGAUCUGGCAGGCUGUUCAUUUAGGAAAAGGUAAGGAAAAAGAACGAGAAGGAGAUGUGGAAAGUUUCAAUGCCACAGCACAAAAGCAGCAGCCCAGGAAAGAAGACGCUAUUAUAAAUUUUCUCAAUUACCUGAAUCAGAGUUACGAAGACGGAAGGCAACAGCAUACCAGGGUAUUGGUACCUUUCACUGGGAUUACAGAGAGUAAAAAACUGAACAAACAGUGCUGCCAAAACGGAGGGACCUGUAUCCUCGGGUCUUUCUGUGCCUGCCUAAAGCAUUUCACUGGCAGAUACUGUGAACAUGAUGAGCGGAAGAGCAACUGCGGCAGCAUUGCCCAUGGUACCUGGGUGCUGAAAGGCUGUCGGCUGUGUCGGUGUGGCUAUGGUAAUCUGAACUGUCUCUCAGAAAUAAUGCACGGUAACUGUGACCUGAAGUCAGGAAAGGAGGAAAAUACCACAGUAUCUUCUAAUGGGCUAAGAUUACAGCAAACAAAUUUUGUACUUGCUUGCCUGCUUCUCUUCCUCCUGAAGUUCUACUGCUGGCAGUUGUGA